AUGCCGGCUGCCUCAGAUGACGGUCAUGACGUUGAGGAGCAGCAAGAUGAAUCAGAGAAUCCCGAGCUCAUGACGGGUCUUGCAAACGUUUUAAAGGAGGCAUCAGCAGCACUGGCCCGUUUGGGAGGAUCAAAGGCAUCUUCUCACGGAAGAACUAGCAGCGACGCCAAGGUCAACAUCAAAGAAGCAGCCUCUGCGUUGGCACAGGUGGCGUCCGCACUCCAUCAAGAUGCAGGCUCGUCUUCAAGAUUGGGUGCAAGCACUUCCAAAGGGCUUACGCUGAGUGACAAGCUGUCGGCAAUCGCGAGAGGAGGCCGACGCGAUCGCAGCCAAUCUCGUUCGCGCAGCCAUCGGUCGCAGAACGCCAAGGCCGAUGAAGAGGACGUUCGGGAGUUCGUGACCGAACAUGGCCUAGACGAGUGGAUGGUUGAGGUGCUCAUGAUGCUGUCGCCCUCGAAGCGAUCUGCCGUUCUGCACCCGCCUCUGAACGUGGAGCGGGCUCGCAAUCCGAAUGGUGUGGUCAUGAGCAGGGUGAAGCAAGUGGCAUCUGUGGAUCAAAGAAUCCAGAUGUUCGUCAAGGUGAAUGAUCUUGGCGAAGGUGUUGUAGAUCGGCUGUCAAGCCUGACCUCUGAUCAGUGUGAGGCUGUCAUGGAGUCAGGGUUAAAAAUCCAAAGAGCGUCGAACCCCUCUGGGGUUGCUAUGAGUCGCAUAUCCGAAGUCCUGCGGACUGUAAGCGGCCGCGGUGGCAGGCCCAUUACGCUGCAUCCACGACCUGAUUCCGGUGGAUCACGCGAGCGAUCCCGGCAUCGACGUGGCCGCAGCAGGAGCCGCGUUCGCCAUCGUCGGGAGGAGGAGUCAAUGCCGUCGGUGCCUCAAGACGUGCGCCGCCUCAUGGAGGAGCUGGGCCUGGAAAGCUGGUGCGGAGAGGUGCUAAGGCGGCUCAGUCUCUGGCAGCGCCAAACAGUUGUGCGGGAACUCGGGAACAUGCGCGGAGUCCGGAAUCCCUCAGGGGUGGUGAUGAGCAGGAUCAAAAGCGUGGCGACAGCUGACGAGCUUGUGGCCAUCUUUGUGGACCUGAACGGGUUGGACAGAGCUGUGGAGGCCAAGCUCUGGGAGCUCAGCCCCGAGCAGCGAGCAGAGGUGCUGGCUCCAGGCAUCUACGUGCAGAACGUUCGAAACACCUCCACCGCAGUGCGGAGUCGUCACUCUGACAUGUUGUGUGAGGAAAGCUAUCGAAGAAAAAUCGCUUGCUGA